AUGGCCAAGGAAGACGAGCUCAUGUCGUCGCCGGUGCUGGAUGAAAAGAUCACAGACGACCAGCUGAAGAGUGCUGAUAUAUAUGAUGCCGAACAGCACAGGGGUGCCGACUUGCCCGAGCUCAAGCGGAAGCUCAAGAGUCGGCACCUGCAAAUGAUUGCUAUCGUCGUUGUCUCCCUCCGGCAGAUGGCCACCUUUAUCCCGAUAUCCGCGCCCUUCACAUCCUAUGGCACCCGCUUCGUCGACCCUAGUCUCGGCUUUGCCAUGGGGAUGGGAUAUAUUGGGUUCUCAUGGGCUAUCACGUGUGCACUCCAGCUGACGGCUACCAGGCCUAAUCAUCCAGUACAGGGAAGUCUGAAAGCGACAUGGCCAUCUUACAUCGACAUCAUUUCGGGUCUUUCUAUCAUUGGCUAUCAAUUCGUUUGGCACAGUCUCUUUGGCAUCUGCAUGAACGCGGGAGUGGGUAAACAGGGUUAUCUCGGGUUCACCUACUGGAAAGACCCAGGCGCGUUCGCCCCAUAUCUCCUUGACGUGAUCGGCGAGGACCGAGUUGCACUCGGAAAAUUCAUCGGAUUCUGGGCCGUCCUCAUCCAAGCCGGGUUCUCAUAUCAAGGAACCGAAUUGGUCGGCGUCGCAGUUGGCGAGACCAUGAACCCUCGCAAAUCCGUCCCCGCCGCGAUCAAGAAGACCUUUUACCGCAUUCUAUUCCUCUUUGUUCUCACCGUCUUCUUCAUCGGCAUCCUCAUCCCCUACACCAACAAAGACCUGCUCUCCGAUGCCUCCGACGCCUCCGCCUCCCCGUUCGUCAUCGCCGUUAAACUCGCGGGCGUCAAGACCCUCCCCGGCCUCAUCAACGGCGUCUUACUCACCGUCGUCCUGUCCGCCGCAAACUCCAACGUCUACUCCGGCAGCAGAAUCGUCGUUGGUCUCGCGCAAGUCGGCUGCGCCCCGCGCUUCUUCAUGCGCACCACCGCCAAAGGUGUCCCCAUCCCCAGCGUCCUCUUUACCUCCGCCUUUGGCCUGCUCGGCUUCCUCAACCUCUCCAAUAACGGCUCCGUCGUCUUCCAAUGGUUCACCAACAUCAGCAGCAUCGCCGGCUUCAUCUCCUGGUCGUGCAUCAACGGCUGCCACAUCCGAUUCAUGCGGGCCCUCCGCGCUCGCAACAUCAACCGCGACGAACUGCCCUACAAAGCUCCGCUUGAGCCGUAUCUAGCUUACUACGGGCUCUUUUUCAACGUGCUGAUCAUCAUCACGCAGGGUUUCACGGCGUUUAUUCCGUGGAGCACAACUAAUUUCUUCAUCGCGUAUAUCAGCCUCAUUCUGUUUGUGGUGCUGUUCAUUGGGCACAAGGCCGUUUUCCGGACGAGGUUAGUGAAGCUCUGGGAGGUCGAUCUGGAUACGGGCCGCUUGGAGAGUGAUCUUGAGCCGUGGGAUUCCAAGGAGCCGUUGACCUUUAAACAAAAGGUCCGACAUCGGUUGGCGAGUAUGUUUUGUUGA